CGAAUUGCCACCACGUUGAUGAAUCCAGCUAUCCUGUCGGCGCAUAUAUCACACGAUGGUGCCGCAAAAGAGUCGUAAGCGCAAGGCUGAAGUUGCGAAAGCCCCCACUCCUGAGUUCGAAUCGGAAGACGAGCUGGAGAAUGGCGAGCUUGACGGCAUAUUGUCUCAGAGCGACGACGAGUCAAUCGACAGUGACGAUGAGCUCACAGGGAGCGGAGAGGAAGAGGAUGAGACGGAUGAAAGCGAACUUGACGAGGAAGACGUGUCAGAAGACGAUGAAGAGGAUAUAAGAGAGCAAAUGCGCAAUUUGAAGACUUCGAGCGAACCCAUACUUCGGCGAAAGAAGAGCAAGACGAGCGAUACAAUCCCGAAUGGCACUGAGGAGCCAGCGAACGACGAGAACGGAACAUCAUCAACAUUAGGAGACGCUGAUACCGAGGAACGUUUCGGCAGUCUUACAUCAAAUUACACUGUCACAACGGAUGCAAAUGGCAAUGAGAGAUAUAUAUACAAGGAAAUCGAUCCUGUGUACGACUCUGACGACUCAGACGCUCCUGCAACCACGAACACCAUCGGCAAUAUUCCCCUCUCAUUCUACGAUUCUUACCCACACAUUGGCUACGAUAUCGAUGGCAAGAAGGUCAUGCGGCCAGCGAAGGGCGAUGCGCUGGAUUCUCUUUUGGAUAGCAUCGACAUACCCAAGGGUUGGACGGGUCUCACGGACCCGGCGACUGGCAAGCCGCUCGAGCUGAGCCGAGAAGAGCUAGAAGUCCUGAAGAAGCUCACGCGAAACGAGCUACCUGAAGAAGGCUACGAUCCAUAUCCUCAAAUGGUAGAAUACUUCUCAAGCAAGACGGAAAUCAUGCCGCUCAGCUCAGCGCCUGAGCCGAAGAGGCGGUUCAUCCCAUCCAAACAUGAAGCCAAGCGGGUCAUGAAGAUCGUAAAGGCGAUCAAGGAGGGUCGGAUACAGCCAUAUAGGCCACCAGGAGAGCGUGUGGAAGAUACCGACCCCGACGUCAAGCGCUACGAUAUUUGGGCAGAUGAAGCGCCCCGCCCAGAUAAUGUUCACCAUAUACCGGCACCUAAAUUACCUCCUCCGGGAUAUGAAGAGAGCUACCAUCCACCUCCUGAAUAUCUUCCCGAUAAAGACGAAAAGGAGACUUGGGAUAAGACGGACGAGGAAGACAGAGAACGAGAUUAUCUACCCAAAGAUCACGAUGCUCUACGCAAAGUCCCUGGCUACGACAAGUUCGUCAAGGAGAAGUUUGAGCGCUGUCUUGAUUUGUAUCUCGCACCGAGAGUACGAAGAAGAAAACUUGAUAUCGACCCUGAAUCGCUACUACCAAAACUUCCUAGCCCUGACGAGCUAAGACCAUUCCCUAGCACCUGUGCGACUAUUUUCCGUGGCCAUGAAGGACGAGUGCGCAGUCUAGCAGUGGACCCGAGAGGGAUCUUCCUUGCUAGUGGUGGUGAUGACGGAUUCGUGAGAAUAUGGGAACUCAUGACUGGACGUCAAAUAUGGAGUGCCAGACUGUCCACCGAGGAUGCCGUAGACACUGUUCGAUGGAGGCCAGGUAGAGACACAUGCAUAGUGGGAGCGGGUGCCGGCGAAUCUGUAUACUUGAUAGUGCCGUUUGCUAUCAUGUCACCUGAAACAGAAGAUGCUAGUCGAGAGAUCCUCGACGCGGGAUGGGGCUACGCAGCUUCAAGGCCGACCGCAACAGACGGCAAAGAGCCAGCGGCCAAAUGGGCCCGGCCAGGAACGAAACUAGAGGACAAGGGCGUCCUCGUGAAGGUCACGGUCCGGUCAGCAGUCAAAGUAAUCAAUUGGCAUCGGCGUGGGGAAUACUUUGCGACAACCUCGCCCCGUGGCCAAAGCAGUGCAGUCGCUAUUCACACACUUUCAAAGCAUCUGACGCAGUUGCCGUUCAGAAGACUGAAGGGCAUGGCGCAGGUGGCACUGUUCCACCCUUCGAAGCCGGUGUUCUUCGUUGCUACGAAGAACACUAUACGGAGUUACGAUCUCUCCCGACAGGAGCUACUUCAAAUACUGCAGCCGGGAGCCAAGUGGAUCUCGUCGGUCGACGUGCACCCUGGGGGAGAUAAUCUGAUAGUGGGAACAUAUGACCGGAGGCUGCUAUGGCACGACCUGGACCUGUCAACAAAGCCCUACAAGACGCUGCGGUAUCACCAGCAAGCAAUUCGAGCAGUGCGUUUCCAUCAGGGCGGCCUUCCAUUGUUCGCAGAUGCUUCGGACGAUGGCAGCUUGCAGAUCUUCCACGGGAAAGUGGUUGGUGAUCUCAUGGAGAACGCUACAAUUGUACCCCUCAAGGUGCUGCGCGGCCAUCAGGUCAAGAGCAGACUCGGUGUGAUGGACAUUGAUUGGCACACACGGGAGCCCUGGUGCGUCAGUGCCGGUGCAGACGGAACGAGUAGGCUAUGGUGUUAGGUGAUCUUGUAGAGCUACUUUGUGCGUGAGCAUGAAUCAAUCGAAUGAAAGGGCGUAUACAAAGAACGGCGCAUCUAAGAAGAGUUUAGACCGACGGCAUCUUUGAGACGGGCGCAUAGCAUAUCAGCAUGCUAUGGAGUCAUUGCGUGAUAAGGGACUCAAUGCGACCAGCCUAAGCCUCUCGAUCACCAUCCUCGUCAUCAACUUGGUGCGUAUCAGACAUAAAGUGAGAGGGAGAGGGAGAGUGGUGCGCACUUGAAGUGAGUUAGUAGUGGAGACUGCGGAGUGCAGUGGUAGCUGUGAAUGCAACCUAAUUACCC